CCCAAAGUAGCAGAUACCCCAAGCAAUGAUGCUCUUGGGGAUGCUGCAGCCACUUCUCCUAAGACCCAUCGAGCAGACGAGUCUUCUCUCGAGUUGACUAGGCGACAAAAACACAUCGCCAAAAAGACUAAGGCCAUGGAGAUCAGCAAAUAUAAUCAAGGCUAUGAGAUGAUUUCUCUUUUCCACUCCGUCUUGAAGGCCAAAGGCAGAGAGAUUACCAUGAAGGACUCUGUUGUGGCCAAU